AUGGUCCGUGUAUAAAAGGUAUAUGUCCGUGUCCGUAGCUAACUUCUCAAAUGUCAAAAAAAAGCAUUUUUAUUUUCAUAAAAAUUUUAUUUUUAUAUAUUAUGAACAAAAUUUCAAUCAAUUUCAAUUCGUUUAUUUAUAUUGUAAUUUAUACUGAGUCUGGGUGUGGACAAUGUGGACACAGUGUGUGGAUGUGAAUACUGCCCUGGUGUAAAAUUAUCGUUGGAAUACCUAAAAUCAAGUUUUAAUAAAAUGGAAGUGAAACAAGAAUUUAAUGAGGAAACGUGUAAAAUAGAAAUAGAGUAUAAUCACGUGGAUAAUGCUCUUCUAGGUGCCUUUAAAUGUGAAAUCAAAGAGGAAUCCAAUAGCCAAAGUACACAUGGCAUAUAUGAUUCUUUUGACUUAAAAAAAUGUCCCAUAAAAACUGAAAUAGAACAACAUGGAAAUGAACUUAAUCCAUUUGAAGAAAACCAAGAAACUGAAAAAGGUUGUCUCCAAGCGAACAAGAUGGAAAUUAUAGAGACAGUAACUGAAUAUUCAUCUCAGGAAGAAAAUUACAUGAAUCCACAUGCGGAAGGAAAAACAUUAAAUAAAAAUGUAAAAGUUUUGACUGGAAAAAAAUCUUACAAGUGUGAAAUUUGUUUUAAACAAUUUAGUAAAGCAGGUAAUUUAAAAGUGCAUUUGACAGUGCACACGGGAGAAAAACCUCACAAGUGUGAAAUUUGUUUUAAGCAGUUUAGUCAAGCAGAUCAUUUGAAAAGACAUUUGAGAGUGCACACGGGAGAUAAGCCUCACAAGUGUGAAAUUUGUUUUAAACAGUUUAGUCAAGCAGUUAAUUUGAAAAGACAUUUGAGAGUGCACACGGGAGAUAAGCCUCACAAGUGUGAAGUUUGUUUUAAACAGUUUAGUGAAGCAGGUUAUUUGAAAAUACAUUUGAAAGUGCAUACUGGAGAAAAACCUCACAAGUGUGAAAUUUGUUUUAAGCAGUUUAUGACAGCGGGGCAUUUGAGAGUACAUUUGAGAGUGCACACUAGAGAAAAACCUCACAAGUGUGAAAUUUGUUUUAAGCAGUUUAGUCAAGCAGAUCAUUUGAAAAGACAUUUGAGAGUGCACACGGGAGAUAAGCCUCACAAGUGUGAAAUUUGUUUUAAGCAGUUUAUGACAGCGGGGCAUUUGAGAGUACAUUUGAGAGUGCACACUGGAGAAAAACCUCACAAGUGUGAAAUUUGUUUUAAGCAGUUUAUGACAGCGGGGCAUUUGAGAGUACAUUUGAGAGUGCACACUAGAGAAAAACCUCACAAGUGUGAUUUUUGUUUUAAGCAGUUUAUGACAGCGGGACAUUUGAGAGUACAUUUGAGAGUGCACACUGGAGAAAAACCUCAUAAGUGUGAUAUUUGUUUUAAGCAGUUUAGUGAAGCAGGUAAUUUAAAAGUACAUUUGAGGGUGCAUACUGGAGAAAAACCCCACAAGUGUGAUAUUUGUUUUAAGCAGUUUACUGUAGCAAGUACUUUAAAAACACAUUUGAGAAUGCACACUGGAAAAAAACAUCACAACUGUGAAAUCUGUUUUAAGCAAUUUCUUACAGCAGGUGCUUUGAAAUUACAUUUGAAAAUGCAUACUGGAGAAAAACCUCACAAGUGUGAAAUUUGUUUUAAGCAGUUUAUGAUAGCCGGGCAUUUGAGAGUACAUUUGAGAGUGCACACUGGAGAAAAACCUCACAAGUGUGAAAUUUGUUUUAAGCAGUUUAUGACAGCUGGGCAUUUGAGAGUACAUUUGAGAGUGCACACUGGAGAAAAACCUCACAAGUGUCAAAUUUGUUUUAAGCAAUUUAGUGAAGCAGGUACAUUAAAAAGACAUUUGACAGUGCAUACUGGAGAAAAACCUCACAAGUGUGAUAUUUGUUUUAAGCAGUUUCGUGAUCCAAGUAAUUUAAAAACACAUUUGAGGGUACACACUAGAGAAAAACCUCACACGUGUGAUAUUUGUUUUAAGCAGUUUAGUCAAGCAGGUCAAUUGAAAAGACAUUUGAGAUUGCACAUUGGAGAAAAACCUCACAACUGUGAAAUCUGUUUUGAACAAUUUCUUACAGCAGGUGCUUUGAAAGUACAUUUGAGAGUGCAUACUGAAGGAAAACCUCACAAGUGUGAUAUUUGUUUUAAGCUUUUUAUGACAGCGGGGCAUUUGAGAGUACAUUUGAGAGUGCACACUGGUGAAAAACCUCACAAGUGUGAAAUUUGUUUUAAGCAGUUUCGUGAUUCAAGUAAUUUAAAAACACACUUGAGGGUACAUACUGGAGAAAAACCUCACAAGUGUGAAAUUUGUUUUAAGCAGUUUAGUCAAGCAGGUAAUUUGAAAGAACAUUUGAGAGUGCAUAGGUACUAGAAAAGAGCCGAACAGGAAAUCAUCUUGAAUUUGUACCUAAUAAUAUUUUGUUAAUAAAAAUAAGUUGAAUUCUA